AGCCGAGGUCACAUUUCAAGUGAAGCCAGAGCGAUGUGAUCGCACUCUCAGUUCGCUGCAGGAGGGCAGCGUGAGUGGUCACUCCCGGAGGCUCGUCUCUCUUAACCAGCAGCCCAGGAUUUGUGUGUCGCUGGCCGCUGUCUGCAGACAUGUGGAAACUAAAACCUCCGCUAGAAAUGCCACUCAGUCUCAAGUACAGCUACAUUUUGGAGCAAUUAACUCCGCACGGCCCUGCAAUUACUGGAAACAAAUUGUCAGUCGAAGAAGAAUUUCCAAACUUGAGCAAAAAUCAGACAUGUAUGGCAAAUGUUCUCACAGUCCAAAUGUACAAGAGACUGAGGGGACGGGCAACCCAAAGUGGCUUCACACUGGAUGAUGUUAUCCAGCCUGGUGUGGAUCAAUCUGAGCAUUCUUGUGUCAGAAUGUCAGGCUGUGUGGCUGGAGAUGCAGAAUCAUAUACUGUCUUCAUGCAGUUUUUUGAUCCUCUAAUUGAACUUUAUCACAGUGGUUACCAGGCAAGUGAAACGCAUAAGAGUGACAUGAAUCCAGAAAACUUAAAGGGUGGAUCUGAUUUAGAUGGACAAUAUGUGCUGGGGUGCAGCGUAAGCGCUGGGCGCAAUGUGGAUGGUUUUAGUUUCCCACCACAUUGCAGCCGCGGGGAGAGGCGUGCACUGGAAAAGCUGGCGAUAGCAGCCUUCCAUGUGAUGGAUGAUGAAUUUAAGGGCACUUACCAUUCAUUGAAGAACUUGAGUGAGGAAGACUGUCAGGAUCUGACCAAUGCUGGAAUCCUUACUGAUAAUCUUGUUACUCCAAAGAUGUUUUCAUCUGGAAUGGCCAGAGAUUGGCCAGAUGCACGGGGAGUCUGGCACAAUGAUAUGAAAAAUGUUAUUGUUUGGGUCAAUAAAGAAGACCAUCUUCGUAUUACAUUUAUGCAACAGGGAGGAAAUUUGAAACAAGUUUUUACACAGUAUUCUUUGGGUAUUAAAAUGCUUGAAGAAAUAUACUGUCAGAAAAAGCACCCUUUCAUCUGGAAGGAUAAUCUAGGUUAUGUGUUGACCUGCCCGUCUGAACUUGGCACGGGCUUACGGGCAAGUGUCCACAUUAGGCUGAAGUACAUCAGUAAGCAUGAGAAGUUUGAUGAGAUCUUGCAGAGACUACGUCUAGAAAAACUCACUGCAGGAAAGAUGCAUUUCUUGAAAGUUCUCCCAUUUCUCAUCAGCGUUCAUCUCUGUGUGAUGCCUUUGCUUCCACUGAAAGUGGUGUUUGUGAUAUUUCUAAUUCGGACAGAAUUGGUUUUUCCGAAGUUCAACUAUUGCAGUUUCUUGCUGAUGGCAUUAAACUGUUGAUCAACAUGGAUAAAAAUAUUCAACAGGGAAAGUCUAUUCAUGACCUUCUUCCUGCUCACAAGUAGAUGGAUGUAUAUUUAGUAAAAUAAAAUUACACUUUCUUUAAAGUUU